CAUGUGUGUGUGUGUGUGUAUGUAUAUGUGUAUAUAUGUGUGUGUGUGUGUGUGUGUGUGUGUGUGUGUGUGUGUAUGUGUGUGUGUAUAUAUGUGUGUGUGCGUGUGUGUGUAUAUAUGUGUGUGUGUUUGAUGGACGGGCUACACUCAGAUACAUGCAGGAUCUAUGUUGCCACAUUGGACUAUGCACAUUAGUGGGUGUGUCUUCUGAAGAAGGAACUGUACAGUCUCGGUCCCUCUGGGGUUUUAAAGCGAGAGGGAGAGAGUGAGGGAGAGGGAGAGAGAGUGUGAGAGAGAGAGAGAGAGAGAGAGAGCGAGAGGGAGGGAGGAAGGGAAUCAUGUAGCAGCUCUCCGGUGAAAACUGUCUGUUCUUUUUUGUUUGGACGUCUUCCUGUGCAGUGAGCAUCAGACAGAAAGUGUGUGUGAAUAAGGAGCAGAGCCUGACAACGACGCUACAUCAUGAAGUCUCAGCAGAAAUGCAUCGUGAUCUUUGCUCUCGUGUGCUGCUUCGCUGUCCUGGUGGCGCUGAUCUUUUCGGCCGUGGACGUGUUGGGAGAAGACGAAGACAUCUUUGACGACGAUAACUGCAGCGAUAUCUGCCAGGUCGUGCUUGUGGAAAAUAUCCCAGAAGACCUCUCCAUUUCUCACGAGGGUACGAUGUCCCUGACCGCCGGACUCCACGGCCUUCUGGACCUGGCUCAGAAAUCGGUGGAGAUCGUGUCACCGUGGUGGGAUCUGAACUCCACAGAGCAGGACUCUCGAUUUCCCCAAGCCAAGCAGGGUCGACUGUUACUCCGUCGGCUGAUGGGUCUGAAAGCUCAGCGUGUUCAGCUGAAGGUGGCCAGCGGGAUGACGACGUCGUCUCCGGAGCUCGAUCUGCUCUCUCAUUACGGUGCGGAAGUGCGUUAUCUGAACAUGUCGGCCCUCACCAAAGGCGAGCUCCAUUCCUCCUUCUGGGUGGUGGACAGGAAACAUCUGUACAUUGGGAGCGCUGCAAUGGACUGGAGAUCUUUUUCUACGCUGAAGGAGCUCGGCAUCAUCGUUUAUGAAUGCAGAUGUUUGGCGGUGGACCUGCACAGGAUCUUCAAUCUCUACUGGCAGCUGGAGUACAAGGAGUUCGUCCCGACGAUAUGGUCCAAGCGGCUGAGCGCCCUCUACAGCAAGGAGGAAGGUUUCUCUUUUCACCUCAACGGCUCCGAGGCCAAAGCCUACGUCUCGAGCUCUCCAAAUAUCUUCCGCCCCAAAGACCGGACCACGGACAUAGAAGCCAUUUUCCGCGUCAUUCAGGACGCCAAGCGCUUCGUCUCGAUCUCCAUGACUGAUUAUCUGCCUCUCCUGAGCACCAUUCCACACAAUAAGUACUGGUCACGUAUCGACGGCAUGCUACGCGAGGCCCUGAUCCUGAAGCACGUCAGAGUGCGUCUGCUGAUAAGCUGCCGAGAGCAAACGCACCCACUCACCUUCAACUUCCUGUGGUCCUUACAAAGCUUGUGCGUACAGACGGCCAACUGCUCCGUGGAGGCGAGGGUCUUCAGUCCUCGAGUCAGAGAUGACGGUUCUCCUCAAGGCAUCCAGCAUCACAGAUACGUGGUGACCGAUAACUCCGUGUAUAUAGGGAACCUGGACUGGGUUGGGAAUGAGUUUGUGUUUAACGCAGGAGCGGGGCUCGUGGUCAGUGAGCCGGGGAGAAGCUCCACGCUGGCUGAGCGGCUGAAAUCCGUGUUCGAUAGAGACUGGCGCUCGCCGUACGCUAAACCUCUGCAGCCCAACAAGAUUCCCUCCUGCAGCUGGAGCGCCGGUGCGUUUAAAGGUCACGCAGGUCACACGGAGGACACGGGGAGUCCCAACGCCUCUCUGUAAGAGCCUCAUGAAGCACCGACGGACCGGACGGACUUGUUUCGUUGUUAUUCGUGCCAUCUCUGCACUUUGUAAACUGUUUAUUAUUUCUCUCUUAGCCAUUUUUAAAGAAGUUUAAAAGCUACUGUUUGUUUAGUUAUUUAUUUAUUUAUUUAUUUAUUUAUUUAUUUAGGAACAGACCUCAGUGCUAAUAAUCGAGCUUGAACCCUGCCUCUUUACCCUUUCUAUCUUAUUUUCUACUUUUAAUUUGGUCUCUUACUGCAAACGAGAAGGAAGAGUACAGUUUACUCCCUUUAUUUCUCCGAAUGUACGAGCGCCACGAUGAGAACCACUUUAAAACGUUAUAGAAAUAUUUCUGUAGAUACGAUAACAACGAGAAGAGCAGUUAAAGGAAUAUUUACUAUAUCUAAUAAAUAUAGAUAUGUACCAGUACUACACAUUUUUACUGAAUAAUCAUCUGUGUAUCUCAUUUGUUUGUUUGUUUAUAUUUAUUUGUGUAUUUAUUUAUUUGUUUAUUCAUCUAUCCAUUUCUUUUUCUUUCCUUCUUCAUUUACUUACUUACUAUCUACGUAUUUUUCUACUCCUUUAUUGACUUUUUGUUUGUUUGUUUAUUCACGUACUCGUAUAUUUGUUUGUUUACUCAUUUUGUUUGUUUGUUUAAUCCUGAUAUCGCAGGUCACCAGCUCAAUUUGCGUAAUCAUGUACUUUCUUUCUUUCUUGUUUUCUUUCGUUGCUUAUUUUAUUUAUUUACUGUUUCAAUGGUUAUUUAUUUGUUUGUUUGUUUGACUGGUUGGUUUGGUUUGUGUCCUUACUCAUCCACUUGUUUAAUAAAUGAAACAUUUAGCAGCUAAUCAACGAACUAUUUACUUUUGUUUGUUUGUUUAUUUGUUGUAUUUGUUUAUCGAUCCAUUCAUGAAUUAAUUUUAUUUUGGAUAUUGCAGGUCACCAGCUUAAUUCAUUUAUCUACUUACUCAUUCGUGUAUUUAGUCUCUUGUUUAUUCGUUUGUUUGUUUGCUUACUUAUUUAUGUAUGCAAUUAUUUGUUUGUUUCUUUGUUUAGCCUUGAUAUUGGAGGUCGCCCACUUCAUUUGCAUAACCACGCCCCUUUCCGGCUGAGUUUUCCCCCCACAUCACUGUACUGUAUCUCACUCAUACGCUGUAUUUUCUAGCCAGCUGGGAUUUUUUUUUUUUUUUAACACAGAGGUGGUAAAAUCCAUCAGAUCCGUAUUUAUCCAUGCGAUUGUCUUUUUUUCUUCUUCUUCUUCUUCUUUCUUCUCUUUCUACGAUGCACAUUUCUACAUUAGAAUCACAUUAAGGACAGAGACUGUAUAUUUUUCUAUCAAACGACUUCCUUGAAUUCUUCAUCGCAACUUCUUUUUCAUUACAUCUUUUUUUUUCUAAAGGGGAAUUUUAUAAUUUUUUUUAUACACUGACGCUAGGUUCUUCGUUAUUUAAAAGUGUGUCUAGAGCACAGACCAAAGCCUCGAGGCGAGUAUUGUGAUUAUCUUCAUUAUCUUCUUCCUGAAUGUAUCUUAAAGCAUGAAGCGAAAACUGCUGCUGCGGCGUGUACAGUGUAUGGGGUGCCAAAACUUUCUGCUCACGCUGCUGUUUAGUAUUGAUCUUCCGGUUAACCUCGGGUGCUUCUCAGGUUUUGAUUUGAACAUUUUUACUUUUAUUCAGCGUUAAAUUGUACAGAAGUGAAACAUCAGCACAAAGCCCAUCAGAGUGUUAGAAACCUCUCUGGGGUCCCAGCAACAACUCCGUGGAACUACGGGCUGCCAUGGCAACGGCAUAGCAGUGUGACAAGAAGGGUGUUUUAAAAAAAUGUUUUCAUUUUGUAACAUUUUCAAAAGAUUCUAAACUUCCAAAUUCCGAAAUCGUUAGAACUUUUGGAAUUUUUUUUAAAUGUUAUGAUAUUUUAAAAUGUUUUCAUUUUGUAACAUUGUACACGGUUCUAGACUGCAAAAAUCCAUAGGACUUUACCAUGUAGAAUCUUUUAAAGCUCUACACGUUUCAGUUCUAAAAUCCGUACCGCUUUAAGAACUUUGGAAUCUUUUGAAACGUUGAAAUUUUAUAACAUUGUGAGAACGUCUAAAGUUCUAAAUUUAAAAAAAAACAACA